AUGGAGGACAAAUUUCCGCUUCAUGUUGAUUUGUUAAAAAACAAGUUGGGAUUUGAUGAGGCCUUCAAUUAUAAAGAGGAGCACAACUCGGAUGCUGGUUUGAAAAGAUCAGUCCCUGAAGGCAUAGACAUCUAUUUUGAAAAUGUUGGUGGGAAAAAAAUGCUAGAUGCUGUUCUUCUCAACAUGAGAGUCUUUGGCCGCAUUGCUGCAUGUGGAAUGAUCUCACAAUACAACCUUGACCAGCGUGAAGGUGUUUGUACUUUGAUGUCUAUUGUUUAUAAACGGUUCCACUUUGAGGGGUUCUCAGCACCUGAUUAUUAUCACCUCUAUCACAAGUUUUUGGAUAUUGUGCUGCCUUACAUUAGAGAGGGGAAGAUUGCAUAUAUUGAAGACAUUGUUGAAGGACUGGAGAAGGGCCCUGAAGCCGUCAUGGGCCUUUUUAAGGGUCGAAAUGUUGGAAAACAGAUGGUUGUAGUUGCUCAUGAGUGA